UCCUUGGUCUGAAAAAGUUUGAGAAACACUGGUCUAGACACACCUCUUGAUUUGGAGAGUAAUAAUAACAUGGAGGAUGAGAGUGAAAUAUUUUUAGAGGUAAAUACUAAUGUAGCAACGGGUAUGUUUAUUUGCUUCCAUUUACCGAAGUGUGUGUGCACGUGUGCAUGUGUGUGCUUGUGCACGUGUGUGUGUGUUCGAAAGAAUGGUGGGGGGAGAUGGAGUGUCGUCAACCAGCGUCACAGCAUCAGCAGCUGCUCGUGUGCCGGAGAACCCUCCCCCUUCAGUCUCUCUCUCUCUCUCUCUCUCUCUCUCUCUUUCUCUCUCUCUCUCUCUCCCUCCCUCUCCCAUCCCACUCUCCAUCAGUCGCUCCCCUGCUCCCUCCCUCUCUGUCUACUUUACUCUCUCGCUCUCUCGUUUUCUCUCAGUGAGCCAACACACGGUGCAUCAGCAGCAUCCUCUCAGCCUGUCUCUGUCUCUCGGUCUCUCUCUCUUCUCUCUCACACACACACACACGUACGUGCGGCUGUCAACUAAGCAGCAGAUGAGAAGCCUCCACACACAGCCUCACACAGUGAAGCGGUGAAAGCAGGUCGGAAAGCUCGAAGAAGAAGAAGAACAGAGGAGGAAGAAAACUGUCUCACUUAGACGGAAGAAGAAAGUGAACACAACGCAUGCAGGUCGCCAUGGUUGCUCAGAAAGCCUUCCGCCUCCUCAUCCUGGUCUUCACCGUGGGGGGGGUGUCUCUCACACCUUUGAGCCCUGCCCCAACCACUCCCGUCGCGAUGACCCCACCUCCUGACCCCUGUGAGGGACGGCCGUGUCUGAAUGGGGGGGUGUGCGCCCCCCAACCUGAUGUCGAGGGGACCCUUGAGAACCCACCUGACUCCUGGGCUUACAUCUGCACCUGCACCCCUGGAUUCACUGGCCACAACUGUGAGUUUUUCGCAGACCCUUGUGCCAGCAGCCCCUGUGUCCAUGGUAACUGCAGCCGUGGCGACGAGGCAGAGGUCUUCACGUGUGAGUGCAGCGAAGGGUUCGGGGGGGACCGGUGUGACCAGCCAAAGUUUGACCCAAACGAGCCCAUCUGGGAUGUUGCAGAGAACUUCGCCCCCGAGCACGCCACCCCCGCCACACCAGUCACGCCAACUACCGCCACUCAAACCACUGAGCCAACCACCGUCCCCAGCACCACACAGGCCCCACCCACCCUGCUACCGUGGCUGCCAAAAGCCGGACAGAGGUUUGUGGAGGUCCAGUGGGACGAUGAGCAGGUGAGGGAUGGUUCAGGUUGUGGCACUUCUGGAAUGCUGACCGUGUCUUUGGAGGUUGCAGAGGACACAGAUGUGAAGAUCCUGGUGAACGUGAGUGGGGCCCCGGUGCUGUGGCGUGUGGGUGUGUCGGAGUUUGCCACAUGUUCCCUGGUAGGGGGAUCAGUCAUCCCCCCCCUACAAGCUCCUGAUGGUCUGGUCCUCCCGGACGCCUCGCUCCGCAUGGGCCAGGAUUACUUCAUUGGUGUCCUGCGCCUAGGCACUCCUGAGGGCCCGGAGGUGGCGCUGCGGCUGCACAUCACACGGAAGGCCAGCAGCUGCGUGGAACCAGGAAGCAGCUUCAGCGACCCACAAUGCUCUGGGAAGGGCAAGUGCAUCACUCAGCCCUCUGUGGACACCUUCUACUGUGAAUGUGACGAUGGCUUUACCGGAAUCUUCUGUGAGGAGUAUGACGCGUGUCACCACAAGCCGUGCGAGAACAACGGCACCUGCGCCGACCUGAGACAAGGGGGACAGGGACGGAACUUCACCUGUUCCUGCCAACCAGGCUUUGAGGGGGAUCGUUGCCACGCUCUGGUGGACCACUGUCUGUCUCAGCCUUGUAGAAACGGAGCCUCCUGCUCUAGUAGUCUUGGUGGACCCCACUGCUACUGCCCCGAGGGUUACCAGGGCAGCCUCUGUGAGCAGAAGGUGGAUCCGUGCGCCUCCAGUCCUUGCCAUAACAACGGCAGCUGCGUGGCCCAGGCAGGAGGCUCGGCUCUGGGCUUCAGCUGCACCUGCCCCCAGGGCUUCACAGGCCCCACCUGCGCCCAGCUGGUGGACUUCUGCGCCCUCAACCCCUGUGCCCACGGCAUCUGCCGCAAUGUGGGCACCAGCUACAGGUGCCUAUGUGUGCCAGGUUAUCAUGGACUGUACUGUGAAGAGGAGUAUAAUGAGUGCUUGUCAGCUCCAUGCCAGAACUAUGCCACCUGUAGGGACCUCAUCAAUGCCUACGAGUGUGUGUGCACCCCGCAGUACGACGGAAGGCACUGUGAGAUCUAUAAGGACCCCUGUCUGAAGGUGCACUGCCAAAAUGGAGGCCACUGUGAGAGUGCGGGGCUCAACGGCUCCUGUGUGUGCCCCCCUGGCUACUUAGGGCAACACUGUGAAAUUGACAUCAACGAAUGUGAGAGCAAUCCCUGUCACCAUGGCGGCACCUGCAUCAACCAAUCAAAUGGCUACGCCUGCCACUGCCCUCCCGGCUGGGUGGGUGGCAACUGCGAGAUCCACCUGCAGUGGAAGCCUGCCCACCCUGACGAGACCCUGACCAACAUGCCCCGUCACUCCCUGUACAUCAUCAUCGGGGCGCUGUGCGUGGCCUUCGUCCUCAUGCUCAUCAUCCUCAUCGUGGGCAUCUGCCGCAUCAGCCGCAUCGAGUACCAGGGCUCCUCGCGCCACGCCUACCAGGAGUUCUACAACUGCCGCAGCAUCGACAGCGACUUCAGCAACGCCAUCGCCAACAUACGCCACGCCAGAUUUGGGAAGAAAUCUCGGCCUGCAAUGUAUGACGCAACUCCCAUCGCCUAUGAAGAUUACAGUCCCGAUGACAAGCCUCUGGUCACACUUAUCAAAACUAAAGAUUUGUAAAGCACACACACACACACACACACACACACACACACACUCGCAAACACAUACACAGACUAACACACAAUUAGACAUAUAAACACAGCACAUAUACAUAUAAGCCCAGCCUUUACGAUCAGUCAAUGCCAACCAUCCAGUAUUCAUUUUUUAAAAGGGCGUUAUCAUAAACAUUAUAAGUGUUCUUCAAAAGCAAGAGAAAACAACGACAUGACACACAAACAGAAAGAUCUAGAAUAGACCCCUCUUUGAGGUGGAUAUGACAGCAUUUCACUCCUCCCAUUCUCCUCCCCACGAUGCUUUGUGAUGUUUGCGGGACUGACUAGUGCACACGCAGACUUCUGCUGUAUAGCUGAAUGUGAGUAGUCGUUCACCUGCGCAGUCUUGUCAUUUUUCUGUAGAGGGGGUGGGAAUAUGUAGGGGUGGGGGUGGGGGUGGUCUUUACCUUGCCCUUCAAUCUCCAUCCGCUCCGUUAAGUGUAGACUUUGCAGGCAGUGCUAGCGGUCCUUGCUGAUGUAGUAGUCAUAGAUGCACUGGCCAACUCAGUGCGGUAAUGAUAUGUAACUUAUUAAAAAAAAAAAUAUGUAAUGAUUUCAACAGAAAUGUUUUUUUAUUUAAAGGAAAAAAAGAUUAAAUUUGCAGUAGGUGGCCUUAACUGGUGCAUGAUAGCAUUCGAUGGUUUCUGCAUUGCGUAUAGAAACCCUGCAUAAUGUGUAACGGUAUAUUUUGUGUUUUUUAAACUUUGCUGGAGAGGGUUUCGUGCCAUAAUCUAUUCGUUCUUUUACUAUUUCUUGUUCUCGCAUUUUAUGUUUGUAGGAAAGUUCAUAAUGAACCAAUGUAUCGUCAAGGCAGUUUUAAAAAAAAAGUGCUUUUGCAACACUAAUUAUUAAAGUAACAUUUGAUUGUA